UGAGCGAGGUUUGGGUCACCAUGUUGGAUCAAAUGCUCAUUUUCACGUCGUUCCGCGUUUUGACAGUUUAUCAUGCCGGUGACAAUUAUUCGUCGUGAGCUAAUGUAGGAGCGAUUUCCAGUUUUUUUUAAAUGAAAGGAGCUGUUAACGACACGUUCUCGACGGAGAGGAAGGAUUACUGUUUUGAUUUGGAGCUAUUCAUUAGCUAGCUAGAGGCUGAGCUGUCAGGUUGACUAGCACGGUGUUUUUCUGCUGCACGCCAGCAUUAAGAAGCUUUUACCUUUUUGUUGGUUUCAUGUAAUACUUGUGUGUCAACUUUGACAAAAGCCCGUGUUGUUGUUGGUUUUUUUUUUUGUUUUGUUUUACAAAACUAUCGAUGUGGGGGAAGUAAGUUGCCAAGAAAGCGAGGUUUCCUCUUUCGCUAUUUUGUGAUGCUCGAUUCUUGUCCAAAAAGGAGGAGGAUUAUUGAUGCGCCCACCUCAGGUAGAUUUUGUAUUAUGUAAGUGAGCGGGGUCACCAAGACCCGGGCCUGCCUGCUAGAAGUGGGGCCUGGGCGAGGACACAGCACUUCUGCACUGGACCACAAGCGUUAAGUAGGUUUGGGAGAUUAGCGCUGGUGGCCUACACACUCACCAGCACACAUCUGAGGAGUUUUCCGUUUGGAAUAAUUCAUGCAACUUCCUAGAAAACUGGAGCCAAAGUGGCAGGAACAGCGUGUAGUGAACUGGAGCACUUUUGCAAUAUGAUGGCUCUUCUCCAAGUGACAAGUUUCUGAUCUCACUGUAAAGUCUGUUUGACUUUCGUCAGCAGGGAGGGGGCGCCAUUGCUAUCAUGAGGGACAUUUAGGGCCACCAUUUUUAUUUAUUUAUUAAGGGGUGGGCGGGGUUUUUGUUUAAAUUUUUUCUUAGACAUGAGUUGUCAUUUUACCAUAGUCAUUUCAGAUUCAGCAUAUUUUGAACCCUCAAUGCACUUAUUUAGUGUUCUGGAAGUUUAAUUGUUUGUACUACAAGAGCCAGAUAGCUACUGCCGUCACUUCAAUUAGGCGGUGGAUGGCUCUUUGCGGCACAACAGCUUCAAAUGUUACAAAAAUAAUGGCCGCUUAUAACGGUGGCUCCUCAGUGGCUGCCCAUCACCCUCAUCACCACCACCACCUGCAGCAUCUUCCACCUCCACACGUGCAUUGUCACCACCACACCGACCAGCAUCACCUGCAGCACCCGGGCUCCGCUGCUGCAGUUCACACUAUCCAGCAGCACACCUCCGCUGCCGCUGCGGUGAUGUUCAAUCCUGGUCAACAGCAACCUUAUUUCCCCUCUCCGGCCCCUGGACAAGCCCCAGGCCCCGCGGCAGCCGUGGCCCCUGCUCAAGUUCAAGCUGCUGCUGUUAAAGCGCACCAUCAUCACCACCACCACCAUCAUCAGCAGCACGCACACCACUUGCAGCCACAGCUCGAUAUAGAGCCGGACAGGCCUAUUGGCUAUGGUGCGUUUGGGGUGGUCUGGUCAGUCACAGACCCCAGGAAUGGGAAGCGUGUUGCUCUCAAAAAGAUGCCCAAUGUCUUCCAAAACCUUGUUUCUUGCAAGAGGGUAUUUCGAGAACUGAAGAUGUUAUGUUUCUUUAAACAUGAAAAUGUGCUCUCGGCUCUUGACAUCCUUCAACCUCCACACAUUGACUACUUUGAGGAAAUUUAUGUCGUGACUGAACUGAUGCAAAGCGACCUGCACAAGAUCAUUGUCUCACCACAGCCUCUGAGCUCAGACCACGCCAAAGUCUUUCUCUAUCAAAUUCUACGAGGACUUAAAUACCUUCAUUCUGCUGGCAUCCUUCAUAGAGAUAUUAAACCAGGCAACCUCUUGGUCAACAGCAACUGUGUACUAAAGAUCUGUGAUUUUGGCCUGGCCAGGGUAGAGGAAACCGAUGAGUCGCGGCACAUGACUCAGGAAGUGGUGACUCAAUACUAUAGAGCCCCCGAGAUCCUAAUGGGUAGCCGCCACUAUGCCAACUCCAUUGAUAUCUGGUCUGUGGGCUGUAUCUUCGCUGAGCUGCUAGGGCGACGAAUUCUCUUCCAAGCCCAAAGUCCUAUCCAGCAGCUGGAUUUGAUCACUGAUCUGUUGGGAACUCCCUCUAUGGAGGCAAUGAGGACAGCAUGUGAAGGUGCUCGUGCGCACAUUCUCAGAGGACCAAGCAAACAGCCAUCCCUUCCUGUUCUUUACACACUGUCCAGUCAAGCGACUCAUGAAGCUGUCCAUCUUCUUUGCAGGAUGCUUGUGUUUGAUCCAUCGAAGCGGAUUUCAGCAAAGGAUGCCUUAGCUCACCCUUACCUGGAUGAGGGUCGACUGCGCUACCAUACAUGCAUGUGCAAAUGCUGCUACACGACAUCCACUGGCCGGGUUUACACAAGUGACUUCGAACCUGUCACCAACCCCAAGUUUGAUGAUGGCUUUGAAAAGAAUCUAAGCUCUGUGAGACAAGUCAAAGAGAUCAUUCAUCAGUUUAUUUUGGAACAACAAAAGGGGAGUCGAGUACCACUCUGCAUCAACCCUCAGUCAGCUGCUUUCAAAAGCUUUAUCAGUUCCACAGUGGCACAGCCCUCUGAAAUGCCUCCUUCUCCACUGGUGUGGGAAUAGCUGCUGUUGUGAGUGUGAUGAUCUUUGCCCGAGAAGCUGCUAAUAUGGAAUCAUGAAAGCGUCUCAAUGUCAUCAGUCAUCUGCGUAGCAUUUCACUGGAAAAGCAUGACUUCUCGUUGACAUCUACUGAUUGUAUGCUCAAAUAUGAUAAAUCAAAAAAAACAAAAAAACAACAACCCAAAAACAUCCACUAUCUGCUUUUUGUGGGUGUAGUACAAAGAUGGAAAUGUAUGUGACAAAUACUCAAUAGGAUAACGUUAUCAUCUUUACACUGCGCCAUAAUGAAAUAUAUUUGCUUUCAUGUGUAUAUUUAAAAUUUUUCACAAGAUGUGAUUAUGACUUUUCCCCCUGUAAUUGGUUAGUACGGCGACAGCUGUCUUCCCUUCUGAACUGUUAGAUUACCAAAUCAGAAUUAAACCCAAUUCAACUUGAUAUUUAGGCAAUCGAUUAUAGUUGCAUCAUCAGGUUUAGAAAUCUCAGGCUCCCUCCAAUUUCUUGGUUAUGUCAUAUUAACUGUAUUUAAUCUGGCCCUGUGUUCUUUCACACUCUUUGUCAUUUCUUUUUGCCAAAGAUUCAGUUCAUGCACAAAGGGGGCGUGUUUCUGGAAAUUAUGGCAAUUUUAAAAGUUGUUGAAAUGUUUGACGCAGUGUCGUCAUAAACUCCAUUUUUUAUAAUGUAUCAAUAUUCAGAAUAAAAUGUAUUCAAGGAAAUUCUAAUUAAGACUACGCUUGCAUGUACCCACAAAAGUGGAGGUGCAUACAGGAAUGUAGUUAUUGAUUUUAAAAAGUAUGAAGCUUUACAAUAUUACCACAUUUAGGCAUGCUGAAUUGCAUGCAGUUCAUUAGAUAAUAUAUGCAAAUAUUUUUACCUAAGCAGCAGCUGCAUUAAAAAAAUAUAUACAUUGUCUAAAAUUCCUAGGUAUAACAUGAAAAUAGUAAACGCAGUAAUUUUAGUAUUUUUUCAGUUGACAAAAAAAUUACAGUGUGAGCUCACCUUGCUCACGCUGUUUGUGCUGAAGAAAUAUUUUUUUCCUUGUAAAUGACCUAUUAUGGUCACAUUUACAUGUGCCCGUGCUCGUUCCAUAGAGUGUAACAUUAAAUGGGGAAUUGGCUGGUAGGAAGAAGUAACAAGGCUGAAACAUGUAAAUAUCAAUGUCAGAUUUGGAACUUCCACACUGGGGUCUUUUGAAAAGUAUGUCAUUUACAAUAAAGCAUUAAGGGAAAGAGGCAGCUAACCCUUCAUAUAAACAUUGUAUCAUAUUUUAAACCCAUACAUUUUUCUAAACCUAUUGGUUGGUUCAAUAUUCUAUUCAUUGCAACCAUAAAACAUUAAUUGUAAGGUGGGAGUAUAAUGGUACGGCAAAUAUUUUUAAGGUCAUGGUCCAGUUAAUUUUUGGUGCAAUAAAGUAACCAAAUGCAUUAAAAAACUACUUUGUUUUUUGGUGGAUUAUAUUUAAAAUUGAACUUAAAAAAAUCAGGUAAUGCUCCAAUAAUUUUAAUGAUCGAAUAAAAAAUUCAAAUACAAAAAUUUGAAUUUAAACUAUUUAAUAGUGGUGUGCUGAUAAUACUUUUUUACGUCCGAUACCAUUAUCAUAUUGGAGCUUUAUGUAUUAGCUGAUACCGAUAUUGAUUCAAUACGAUAUCAGCACAAAUCAUACAUACUUUUAUUUUGUAGUGAGGGAUGUAGAAAAAAAGUUUGACCAAGUAAUAUUACUCAGAAGAAUGUAAGUAUCAAAAGACCAACCUAUUUAUUAUUUACCGUCUAGAAUGAACGUACGCUGUCUUUAAGUUGAAGUGGUACAGUAAUUGUUUUUUCGUGACACCUGGUGGCCACAAUACUUUAUUAAAUUAAGUCAUGAUGCAGUAAGUUGAAUGAUGUGGACACAUUUAUUACUGGAUACUUUGUUAUACGGUUCUGCUUUGGAGACUUUGUCUCUAUAAAUGAUAUGCAAAUAUAAUUAUCUAAUACUUUAAUUAUAAUAUUAUUUUAUUUAAUAAUUAACCUAAAGGUGUUUAGGCUGCAAUAUUGUUCAAUGAAGGACACUAAAUACAUAUGUCUAGCUUAUGUGCUAUCGUGUGCUAAACUGUUGUGUAGCUGCUAGCUCAUAGUAGCCUACAGCCUACUAUCUUUUUUAAAUGACUUCUGUGAAAUAAAAGAAAAGACCAAACUUUUGUGCUUAUUAUAUAAUCCGAUACUUGUUUUUAUGCUGAUAUCCGACCAACUUCAAUAUCUAAUCGGGACGCCGCUAAUAUAAUACCCCACAAGGUUGAAUAGUGGUUUGCAGUUCGCCCUCACAUCGUUUUCUUUGUAUCCACAUAAAUGACAGAAGAGGGAUUUUAUAAGAUCUGACUUCUCCUUGUCGCUUUCGUUAACCAAAGGCUGGGCUGCACUGUAUUUUGUAUUUACUGUACUUAUCCAGUAGAUGCGUUAUGUGAGGCACACUUCCCAUACGCCUCUGUACCAAAAAAUCUGAUCAUGACCACUUUUGAUGUUACACCCUUGUGGUACAGGCAGUCUAUAAACUUAACAUUUGAACAGCCAUAAGUUAACCACUGUUACUAUUAAAUUUGACAAUAAAACUUUGCCUCGAACAAGUAAUGCAAAAUCCACCAGUGCUUGAUGAGCAAUUGUAGACCUGCCAACAUGUUUUGUGCUCAGCACAUAUUUUGAUCCUUGACUACGCUUCGCUGCUCUGUACAUUUUGGUGCACUUUUUUUUUUGGCCAUAAUUCACAGUCCUUUUAAGCCAAGAUUUUUUUUUUAAUGCAUUCAAUCUUUUAAAAGAAACUUCAAUAAAAGUGCUCUUACAGUGGAACCAAUGGGAGCUAUGACAUCAUUGCGUCUAUUUCGACCAUAAAAACAGAUAAAUAAAAAUCUACAAAGCGCUAACAAUACUCCAUUUACAUUAUUAUUUAUCGUGACCUGAAUAUUAACCAAGUAUUAGCGAUAUUGUUAUUAUAAGCCCUAAUGUUAAACACCUACAUUUAUUGCCGCAUUGAUCACAGAGAGGUAACUUCCUUAUACUGUUGUAUUAACAUCACACAUCAGCUGGUGAGCUGUUUUCUUGCCUCGCAGCUCUUGAAAGUUUAUUCUCGAUUAUAAAUAAUGCCUCUUACUUGGAUAGUAAAAAAUGUGGACAUAAACUGAAAAGUUGGUCCACUUUGGUAACACUUUGUCCCACCCCCCUUUUUCCUUUGCGAGAAUUAUAAGUCAUUCUUCAUCUAAACUACAAUACAUCAACAUUGGAAUAGUCUGCAUUCCAGUGCAAGCUGACAUUGUACAGUAUGUGAUGUUUUAUGUUUGUUGGCUCUCAUGACGUCAGCAAUGAGUAGUAAUCAGUAAUGUCAAAGGAAAAAGCUAACGAUGUGAUGCAUUUGUGAAUUAUUGUGCCGCUCUAUGCUUAAAAUGACCAAAAUGCGUAAAUGUUAUAAUAAAUAUGCAUGUUACUACAUUACAUACAUACUUAGAGUCAGUAUGUGUCCAUGGACUAAAUUAGUCCAACUUCUCAAAUAGUUUGGCUGUAAAUAAGCCUUUUACAGUCCAUGGAAACACCUUAAUCCGAUCGUGUUCGCUUUUCGAAGUCGACCUAACACACCUGGAUUAUGUUAUUGGAAACCAGAUCUCUUGAGGGGCCGGGGUGUGCGUGCCAUGAGAUGAACCUUAGUAUCACGCAUGCGCCUGUCUCAUUCAAUAAUUGAAAUGAAGAGGAGACUGUUUAUUUGCUUCACAAAUCAAAAGAACAAAACAUUUUCGAGUGCAUCAAUGGUUGAAAAAUAAGAAACAGAGAUUUGUUUAAAAAGGACAUGUAAAAUGCCGGCUUGAUUCGGACUCCCAAACAAAAUACAAAUCAAAUGAAAUCAAAUGAAGCAGGUACAUUAAGUGCAAAUAAUAAAGCGUAAACAAACCUCUUAACGCUGCAUUUUUGCAAGCCAACUUAAUCACUUUCUGCACAACUGGCAAGAAAGUCCAGAACAAUAGCAACCUUCCUCUGGAUCUCAGUCGGGACACCAACGGUCUUUUCCUUCGGAUUUAAAACUCCUUCCAUCAGAGCCUUUUAGAUUAACUUUAAGACAUUUAAAGGUUUUGUUUCCAUGAUUUUUGUCAAAAAAUUCCUUUGAAAAAACUCUUCCGUCAGUCUUUAACUGCAUCCGCCCUGAUACAUUCUUGGCAAUACAAGAUCAUUUUUUGAUGCUGUCUGUUAUUUAACAUCAGCACAGCCAUUAGAGACGUACAUUUUUUAUGUGCCAAUAUCGCGGCGGACAUCAGUUAAAACAAGUUGUAAGGAACCGCAAAUUGCUAGUGAGACAUCAUAGGUAAACUGCAAAACAAAUAAUUUAACCGCACUGAAAGGAAAUAGCGCCCACCAGUGUACGGGAGGCACAUGUUGUAUGACCAAUAGUCACAUUGGAGAGAGUGCAUUGACACUUGGACUUCACACAAAAGUGCAAAGAUAAAAAGAAACAAAUUAUUUGAGAAAUCAGACUUAUUUAGUGCCUGGAAACAUAGUGUGUGUAUAUAAAACGUUAAUGGAGGUGUUUGGGUUUUUAUUUAUAUGCUUUAUUGGCAGAAUUUAGUCACUCCCUUUGGUUCCAUUGUAAGCAGACAUUUGCUUGCAUUUAUCUACUAGUUAGAAUUAAUAGAAAAAAGAAACACAUAAGUGUUCUUGUCUUACUUAAGGAUUGUGAUUGAUUGGCAACAUUCCAAAAUAAGUGCAGUUUCCCUUUAUUUUCAACAAAACGCUAUAAAUUGUCUUCAAGGUUAGCAUUUCUGUAAUUGCCACAAAAGUAAAAUAAGAGGUUUAACACUUUAAAGUUUUGUGCAAAUUCAGAAGGGUGUUAUUCUGUUGUAGUCAAUUCAUAAAUUAAUUGAACAUAAAUUAAUGUUCAAUUAAUUUAUUUAUCCUAGUAGUGUUGCUCUAGGUUCUAUUUAGGUCCAUUCUUUUUCAUCAUUUGUGCUAUUCAACUGGUGGCCUCUGAUACAAUCUUUAAAAACAAAAGAAGUGCUCCUUUAACUCUGAAAUGUCUACUGCGAAGGAAGCUGAUUCUCCUGGACUACCGUAUUUCCUUGAAUUGCCGCAGGGCAUAUAGUAUGCGCCUGCCUUCGAAUUACUGCCGGGUCAAACUCGCUUCCCAAAAUAAUUAGCCCAUGCUUAGUAUUUCCGCCUGGUCAAACUCGUGAUGUCACGAGUGACACUUCUCCUGUCAUCAUUUUCAAAAUGGAGUAGCCUGAUUUCAAUACCGGUAAUUUGAAAUUACAUAAAGGGAAGAAGAUCAAGAGCUAUUCAGUAGGAUUUAAGGUCCAAGCUUACAUCACACUCAAAUUUUUACUGCAUACGUUUGGUAAGUGCUGGACUGAGAAGAAGUUUUAAAAUAAUUAGCGCAUGCUUACUUUUACCGCAUGCCUUUGGUAAGCGCAGGAGUGAGAAGAGGUUUUAAAUUAAUUAGCGCCCCAGCGGCAAUUCAAGGAAAUACGGUGUAAGACUAAAAGUGAAGGGAGAAGUCCUGCCCAUGGUCCUUAGCUUCAACAAUUUAGUUGAAUAGCCCUGCUGCAAAGCCAGAAGAACAUCAGCUAGCCAAUUUCAGGAUAGAAAACAAUUAAAACCACAAGCACUUAAAUAGACAAAUGCCAAAAAUGCGUAAGGUGAGCGGUCCAAGACCCAGCAUGUCAGUAAUCCAUUCAUCCAUUAAUUUCAUAAAUAUUUCCAAAAAUUGGACAAACUUGGUCUACCUUAAAAGCCAACACUUCGCCCUUCCAACGUUGCAAAUAUCAUUCUUGUUUCGCUAAAACUCACUAAACAAGCAAUUUGAUUGACUCUUAUCUGGCAGCAAAGAUAUGUAAAAAAAUAUUUUA